ACUCUUUUUCCUGUAUAAAAUUCAUUGAAUAUGCCGGCGUCUCAUGCGCAAGAGCGCGAUUUCAUGGACAACGAUAACGAGAAUAAAGCCGACAGUAUCCGAAAUGAGCGCGGCGAUGUUGAAGCUGUGCCAGCAGCACCUAUACACGAGGAAAUCGAUCCAGAAAUUGAAAAACGCGUACGACGAAAGCUGGACUGCCACUUAGUUCCACUUCUUUCCGCGCUGUACCUCCUCGCUUUUCUGGACCGAUCAAACAUAGGCAAUGCUCGCAUCGCUGGUAUGGAAGAAGACCUCCAUCUCAGUAGUUCACAAUACCAAUGGCUCCUCACCAUCUUCUACAUUUCCUACAUUUGUUUCGGCUUUCUUGCUAUAAUGUGGAAAGUCGUGCCCCCGCAUAUGUGGGCUGCGGGCUGCGUCUUCGGCUGGGGCCUAGUCUCAACUGUUCAAGCUGGCGUACAUUCAUGGGGUGCGAUGAUGGCACUGCGAUUCUUCAUGGGCGUGACUGAGAUUGCUUAUGGGCCUGGCGUUCCGUUCUUGUUGUCAUUUUUUUAUUUGAGACAUGAGUUGGGUCUCAGAGCGGGCAUGUUUUUGAGCGCGGCACCGUUGGCAAAUACCUUUGCUGGAGCCCUGGCGUACGGCAUAACCAGUGGGAGCCCUGCAAUGGCUAAAUGGAGGCUUCUGUUUCUGGUUGAAGGGCUACCCACUGUUGCUAUGGCGGCGGUUGCUUGGUUCUUUAUACCUGAUAGUCCAGAGAAGGCGCGGUUUCUGACCGAGGAGGAGAAGGCUGUUGCUAGAGCGAGGGGCGUGAGACAAGCUGGCGCAGCAACGAGAGUUGGAGGCAUCAACUGGAAGGAGUUGCUUGAGGGUUUGACAGACGUGAAAGGCUGGAUCCUAGGGUUGAUGUACUUCAGCGGAAACGUAGCGUUCUCGUCACUCCCGGUUUUCCUACCUACCAUCCUGAACGAGAUGGGAUUCAGCUCGGUCCACGCUCAGGGAUUGACUGCACCACCGUUUUUCCUUUCCUUUCUCACAGUUAUUGCGACAUGCUACAUCGCAGACCGAACGCAACAGCGGGGCAUAACAAUCGCCAUCCUUACCGCCAUUGGUGGUACAGGUUAUGUGAUCCUAGCUACAUCCAAGAGUGUUGGGGCCAGAUACUUUGGCGUGUUCCUGGCUGCCGCGGGCAUCUUUCCUGCCAUUGGCAACGUUCUCCCCUGGGUCAUCAAUAAUCAAGGCUCGGACACGCGAAGGGGUACGGGAAUUGUCAUUCUGAACUUGAUUGGACAGUGCGGGCCGUUGCUUGGGACUCGACUCUAUCCAUCCUCGGAGAAACCGUUGUAUGUAAAGGGCCAGUCGGUGUGCGCGGCCUUUAUGUUUCUCUUCUGCUUUCUAGCACUUGGAUUGAGGGCACUGCUCGUUUGGGAAAAUGGCAAGCUAGAUGGAAAGUAUGGAACCAUAGCGCAACAGAAGCUGGCUAUGCAGGAGGCGGCAGGCAGAGGUGAAGCGAAGCGCGAGGUUGGAGUGGAAAAUUACGGCCCACUAUUCAGAUACGUCUUGUAGCGACAGGUUUGCAAUACACUCGUCUCGUCUCGUAGGUUGUAGCCGAUAGAAGCGGAGACUGCUCGGCUUGCAGUAAUGAGCAAUUUGCGGUCUUGUCCUCCCGCUCGCAGCCAAUAGCAGGGUGCCAGGUCAAGAACAAAGAUAAGGGUUUCGUGGUUGUCGCGUCAUAGCGAACGAGUUGGUCGUGCAUGCUAGCAAGC